AGAGAGAGAGAGAGGGAGGAGGAGGAGGAGGAGGACAGCUCGGAGUCAGUCCGGAGGAUGCUGCGCUGACAUGCGGACCACUCUCUGAUCCGGACCGCGACGUUUACCGGGAGACUGCUGCAGAUCCUCCUCAGCACAGAGCCAGCCGGUUCGGUUCGGUUCUGUUCUGCACCCCCUUUACCACCCUCCACCAUCCUCCCCUCUCUCCUCCUCUCCUCUUUUCUCUUCUGGACCGGCUCUUGUCGCCAUGCCGCCGCCGGCCGCCUGCUCGGUCGGACUCCGCAUCGCGGUGGUUCUGUGGAUCGGGCUGCUGUGGAGCGUCUCAGCAGGAGAUGAAGAAGUCCCCACAGCCGCCCCAGCCUCCACCCAGGCUCCAGGGGUGACACCGGCCGGCACAAAGGAAAGCAUCCCCAGAGGCAGAAGCUCCAGCGUGUUGGCUGGAGGUUUGCUACAGUCAGUGCUGACUCAGAAAGGACGACUUGUCUCCCAGAAAGGGGAGCUCCUUCCCUCCGCUCUGCCCCAGAACCUGCUCCCUCUCCUGGGCAGAGGACUCAGUGUCGGCUCCCUCCCUGGAAGUCAUUCCCUGGAGCAUCAAAGCGGGGGAUUACUGCGGAGGGUGAAAGCCCCGGCAUCAGCUGCAGCGUCAGGCGGCCGAGGCAGCGAUCCAACUGAACCUCUGCCCACGGACACACACUCCCGGCUGCCUCACACACAGACGCACACCCCCGAACAGGAAGCUGAGCUCACCACUGUGGGCCAGAUGCUGGAUGUGGACACAGAGGCGGGGACACCUCCGUCAGCUUUGUCGAGCUGCAUGGUGAACUUCUCAGACCCAGAGGGCUACAUCGACUCCUCCGAUGACCCCCCUCUGCCAGACGGGACCUUCCUGCACUGCACCUACACGGUGACGGUGUACACCGGCUACGGGGUGGAGCUGCAGGUGAAGAGUGUGAACCUGUCUGAGGGCGAGCAGCUGUCCAUCAGGGGCGCAGACGAACGAGGCGCCCUGCUCGUCCUGGCCAAUCACACUCUGCUGGUGGAAGGUCAGGUGAUCCGCAGUCCCACCAACACUCUGUCCGUCUUCUACCGCUCCACGCCGGAGGGAAGCAUGGGCGUGUUCCAGCUGCACUAUCAGAUCUUCAGGCUGAGCUGUUCGCUGCCGAAGAGGCCUCACUUCGGGGAGGUGUCCGUGCAGGACCUCCUACCCGGAGGCACCGCCCGCUUUCACUGCCACAUGGGUUACCACCUGCAGGGGGAGACGCUGCUCACCUGCCUCAACGCCUCGCUGCCGGUGUGGAGCGGCAAGGUGCCGAGCUGCAGGGCUCUUUGUGGAGGUACAGUGAAGAACGCUACAGUGGGGAGGGUGCUCUCGCCUUCUCCACACCCUGGACCCAACGCCACCCAGGACCGCUCCUGUUCCUGGUCACUGGAGGCACCCAAGGAUCAGAGGCUGCACCUCCACCUGGAGAGACUGGCUCUGGGACGCACGGACAGGCUGGUGUUGUGGAGCGGGCUGGACGCCGGCUCCGUGGUGCUGUUCGACUCGGGUCGGGGCGGACAGAUACCAUUUGAGGGGGUGAUCAGCGAGGGUCCGUCUGUAAGAAUCCAGUUCAUCACCGACCAGCCCAACCACAACAUGGGAUUCAACAUCCGCUACGAAGCUUUCGAGCGUGGCCACUGCUACGAGCCGUACCUGCAGAACGGAAACUUCACCACCUCCGACCCGUUGUACGGGGUCGGCGCUGUGGUUCAGUUUGCCUGUGACCCGGGCCACUCUUUAGAACAAGGCCCGCCUGUCAUCGAGUGCAUCAGCGCGAGGGAUCCGUAUUGGAACGACACAGAACCGCUAUGCAAGGCACAGUGCGGAGGCGACCUGACCGGGCCUGGAGGUGUGAUUCUGUCUCCGAACUGGCCCGAGUGGUACGGCGAGGGCGAGGACUGCAGCUGGAGGAUUCAUGUCGGGGAGGACAAACGGGUGCUACUGGACGUCCAGCUGCUCAACAUCAGCGACAGCGACAUGUUGACCAUCACGGACGGCGACGAGGUCACGACUCGUAUCCUGGGUCGGUACGUCGGGGGGAGCAGCCCCUUCAAGCUCUCCUCCACCACCCCCGACCUGACCGUCACCUUCCACUCCGACCCGGCGGGGCUCGUCUUCGGCAAGGGCGAAGGCUUCAUCAUCAACUAUAUGGAGGUGUCCCGGAAUGACUCCUGUCCAGACCUGCCGGAGAUCCAGAACGGCUGGAAGACGACGUCCCACAUUGCACUGGUGCGAGGGGCUCGGAUCACCUACCAGUGUGACCCCGGUUAUGACCUGGUGGGACGGGAGACCCUCACCUGUCAGUUAGACCUCUCCUGGAGCUCACAGCCGCCCUUCUGCGAAAAGAUCAUGUACUGUUCAGAUCCCGGACACGUGGAGCACUCCAUCAGGUCUCUGUCCGACCCGAAACUCUUGGUGGGGACGACCAUUCAGUACAGCUGCAACCCCGGCUUCAUCCUGCAGGGCGGUGCCACCAUCACCUGCUACGGCCGCGAGCCAGGGACGCCUGUGUGGACAUCCCGACUGCCUCACUGUGUCUCCGAGGAUUCUGUUUCCUGUGAAAACCCUGGUCUCCCUGACAACGGCUACCAGAUCCUGUCCAAGAGACUUUACCUGCCUGGCGAAUCACUCACCUUUGUCUGUUACCAAGGUUACGAGCUCAUCGGGGAGGUCGCAAUUAAAUGCAUCCUGGGGAACCCGUCAUUUUGGAGCGGCCCACUUCCGCUCUGCAGGGCCAACCAUGACUGCUUUGGCAACCAUGCUUUGGAAGUUGCAGAGGCGAGCGCAGGCUCCACCCUGGACGGAGGGAACAUAGCGCUGGCCAUCUUCAUCCUAGUUCUCCUGCUGUCUGUGCUGCUUGGAGGCGCUUACGUCUACGUCACACGGUGUCGAUAUCACUCCAACUUGAGGCUUCCUCUGAUCUACCCCCACCCUUACCGACAGAUCACUGUGGAGACGGAGUUCGACAACCCGCUCUAUGAGACAGGAGGGGACACUCGUGAAUAUGAAGUAUCGAUAUGAGACGGCUCACAAAAGACAUUUCUGAACCGAGACCGACCGCCCCGUCCUAACUCUUCAUCCUCUCCUCCUCCGUCCUCCUUCUCCGCCCAGGAGGAGGCGAUGUAAAUACAAAUAGAUGAUGUCCAGCCCCUUCUGCCAUGAGACGCAGCGAGCGAUCCUGUUCUCUCCUCCUUUUAGACGUGACAGUUUAUGAAGACAUGGCAGGAAAACAGGAGAGGAGACACGAGGCGGGACAGAGAGACAGAGGAGGUCGACGACACAACGUUUUGUGGAUCAGCGUCGCUCGGGAGACGGAGGAUGGAGGAGAGAAAACCGAAGAUCGUCGAAGAGCGUCGAACGUGGUGAGGAAAGAAGUGAAGGAGGGGAGAAGGGGAAGGAGUAGGGGACAGGACACAGACUGAGGAAAGACGAGGUCGAAGCACUUUUAGUAUUUUUUAAAGUUAAAGUUAUAAUCCUGAAGAUUUUUGAUACAGUUUGAUUGGAUUUUUUUGUUUCAGUGUAUUUAGAUUCAUUAAUUUAAUUAAUCACCUCUCUGUGUGGUAGUUUUCAUUGUCAGUGGCGGAGUCUGCCAUUCACAACCACAGGAAACCGCGAGCCAAACAUUUCCUGCAGCUGCUGUUUCACAAUAAAAGAUUUCAGCGAUCUCACUCGUUAAAUAAACUUCACAGGCACGCUGACUUUACGUUGCGAUGACGACACUUUAAAUAAUUAAUAAUAAUAAUAAUUCAACAUGUUUGAAGUCUAAGGGGAAAAUGCUGUUUAGCUAGCAGGAGAUUAUCUCACUGCAACAGCGCCCCCUAGUGUCAGAGCGUAAUCCCACUGUGCUAAAUAUGUUCAGCUGUACUCGUGUUUUUGUUCUGGUUACAUUACUUAUGAUCAAAAACUGAACUAA